GGGGCCGGAAUAUGCCGAAUGGGGAGCCGAUGGGUAACGUCCCCCGCUCGGAGAGGGGCUCGGAGAGGGGCCUCAAAAGGCACGCAAGGUGCGUCUCGAGUCGUACAGCCGCGGCCGUGAAACCACACCACUUAUUACAGAGUUCUAUUGCAAACGAUCCUUCUAGAAGACAUGGCGUCCCAACUCGAUAUCAAGAGCUACCCUGGCAAUAUCAUCAAUAACCAGUUUGUGCCGACCCCAACAACGCGGCAUUCGAUUGACCCUGCCACCGGCGAGUCCCUCUACGAGGUUCCUGUUUCGAGGAAGGAGGAUCUUGAUGUCGCUGUCAGGCAUGCCCGCGAGGCCUUCAAGACAUGGUCCAAGACCACCCAUGAGGAGCGAGCCAAGCUCAUGCUGGCCUUUGCUGAUCGGAUAGAGGAGAACCGCGAAGAGCUGGAGAAGCUGCAGACUAUGGAGCAGGGUAAGCCCCUGAGUCUGUCCCAUACUGAGGUUGAAAUGACCAUCACCUGGCUGCGGCAGUUUGCAACCAUGAAGAUCGAGCAGGAAAUAAUCGAGGACACGGAUGAGCGGACCAUUUACCAAACCUUCCCCCCACUGGGAGUCUGCGGCGCCAUUGUCCCCUGGAACUGGCCCAUCCUCCUGGGCAUGGGCAAGCUCGGCCCUGCGCUGAUGACGGGCAAUACCCUCAUCAUGAAACCUUCGCCCUACACUCCAUACUGUGAUCUGAAGCUUGGCGAGCUGGGCAUGUCCGUCUUCCCCCCGGGCGUCUUCCAGGUUCUGAGCGGGAAUGACGAUCUCGGCCCGUGGAUGACUGAGCACCCUGACAUCGACAUGAUCACCUUUACCGGAUCCAUCCCCACGGGCAAGCGGGUGGCAGCGAGCUGCUCCAAGACCCUGAAGCGAUACGUGCUCGAGCUUGGCGGCAACGACGCUGCCAUCGUGUGUGACGAUGUCGUGAUCGAGAAGUGCCUGCCAAAGAUUGCCACGCUGUCGUUCCUGAACUCGGGACAGAUCUGCAUGCUUACCAAGCGGAUCUACGUCCACGAGAAGAUCUACGACCAGUUCCGGGACGCCAUGGUCGAGUUCACAAAGAACCACGUCAAGACCGGCGGUGGUUUCGAGCCUGAUGUUGUGGUCGGCCCUGUCCAGAACAGCAUGCAGUUUGAGCUUGUCAAGGACAUGUAUUCCCAGAUCGAGAAGUGCGGGUGGAAGACGGCGCUGGAGGGCAAGGUCCGGGAGACGUCCAAGGGGUACUUCAUCGAGCCGGCCAUCAUCGACAACCCGCCCGAGGACUCGCGCAUCGUCACCGAGGAGCCAUUUGGGCCCAUCGUGCCACUCUUGAAGUGGUCGUCUGAGGAUGACGUCAUCGACCGUGCCAACGCCCUCAAAACCGGCCUUGGGGCUUCCGUGUGGAGUGCCGACUUGGGCCGCGCCGAGAGGAUGGCGAGGCAAUUGAGCGCGGGCAGCGUGUGGGUGAACUCGCACUUCGAUGUCGCGCCCAACGUCCCCUUCGGAGGCCACAAGGAGAGCGGCAUCGGUAUAGAAUGGGGAAUCGAAGGGUUCAAGCACUACACAAACACCACAAGCCUCUGGGUAUGGAAGAAUGUCUUCAACUGAGGUAGUGUUUGUAUGUACAGUAGUUACAUACAACCCAUCUCAAUCGUGUCGAUCAGACUGGGCACGGCACUGCAACAACGAUAUUAUGUCAGUCUCUAGUAUACUUGCAUAGCAUACCAAUGAGCACCCACCAACUGUGAGAUCCAGUUUAUACCUCUCAUCACCCAA